ACAUAUUUUUCGCCAGGUCGGCCACACUUCCCGCUCGUCCGAUCACACUGCCAAGCUCGCCUUCAAAGUUCGCCACGAAACAUGUCUACGCGAGGGAACACUCGUGGGAAGAAGCGCGACGUGGUCGUCGACGAUAGUCAAGAGCAGGGAAGAGGGCGGUGGCAGGCCCCGAAAGCGAAGAGGGUGCGUACGGAAGAUUUGUUGCCAAGGGUUCGUGGUCGUGGAGCGCAAGGUUGGGCGGGGGAAGUGGAAGGGGACUGUGACGAUAAGUUCACGGUGGAGGAGGAGCAGGCGGAGGCGACAACGUCUGAAGUACGCGAGAGCGAUCGGCAACUCUCUUCUGAUCGCACCGCUUCGAAGAGGAUGCAGACCCCUCCACACGAGGCGCAGCAACUGUGUGGCCGUGAAAUGCGGACAGAGAAGGCUCCCGUCGUCGAUCUUGGCGGCGAUGAUGACGAGCCCUUGGAGAGACGCCGCAUUCGCAUUCGUACGACGACGACCCCACCGUCAGAGGUGGUCGUGCGGGUUGCUACAAACGAUAGGCCAGUCUCGGGCAGGCUGCCCGCCACGCCGUCUCAGCCACGUCAGCGCAACGACGCUGGUGAUGGAGGGUCUGUCCAUCGUGUUGGCAGGGGGGAAGUCGUGGCAGACGCUCGCGCAGUUGGCGCCCAGGUGGCAGGUGCCGUGGGGGCGGUUGGUUCAGGCAAUGUGGGCGCCGUAGCGACUGGGAGGGAGGACGCAGCAGUUGUGGCGACGGCGAGAGAGGAGGCGCGUGGCGAGAGAAAAGUCGAGCGGGAGGCAGGCGAGGCCGGUUCAAGUCGGCCACGAAGGAGUGUAAUGACGAAAGACCUCAUUGAUCGUGCCGUCCUUUGGGUCGAUGACAAAGCUUUCUGGACGAUGGGGGAGGGGCGAAGACUAUACAACAUCGUACACGAAACGAAAGACUGCUUCAUCGCCAUCGCCAGCGGACUUCCAGCGCCUGACGUCCCUCGGAGCGUCGUUCUGCCCAAAGCCAGCACGCGCGUGGCCAGGAUCGUCGACCAAUCGCAGCUGCAGCAAGCGAUCUCCCGUGCGGCGGAAGUGGAGAACGUUGCUCUGCGCAUCUUGCACGGAUGGGUAUUCAAGUCCGGAAAUCGGCCAAGGGGAUACCAUGUGGCUUUCCAGUACUCGCUGGAAUCCUUUGCGACGGACAUUGCGCGUGCCAUGUGGUACGGCGAGGAGUGGUGCGAGGUUGUCAGUCCGGCGAUUUGCGCGCACACGAUAGAUUUGUCCAUGGACCUACCGCUUUGGUUCGCCGGCGCCAACAUCGAGGACAGACCAGAGGACGACGACAUGGCGGCGCACCAGGAGUCCACCGUCAUCCGCGUCACAUAUGCAUUCCGCGCGGCCGUGCAAAUGGGGGCGCUCAUCGACAACGAGUUCAUCUCGCACGAUCGUCUUUCUCGGGUGGCUGAUUGCUUCAGGCUGUUGUUGGUGGCGUGUGUGUGGAUAAUGCGCAUGGCGGGAGACGAUCCGCGCAGCCACUACGAGGCUUUCUACUUCGCGGACCUCGUGGCGAAGCCCACACUCGUCGCGGCCAUGCAUCGCUCCUUCGAUCAUCGACGAUCCGUCGUCCGCGCCGCGAAAGUCGUCACAGACAGGCUAGGGAAGGCGACUGCUACGUUCGGACAGUACCCCAACUACAUACCUCAAUGGGCGCCCUGCGGCAUUGCUUUCAAGCACGACGCGAGCAUAACGGGGCCGGAGGAUGCAAAGAAGCUAGAUUGGUUGGGUUCGGGCCCCCCUGACGAUGACAACAACGCCGAUGGGAAAGAUGACGCGUAGGGGGGGGGGGGGAAG